AUGAUACAAAAAUAUGGCGGCCACGCUGUGAAAUUCAGUUUCAGCAACAGUCCGUUGGACAACAUCUUCGGUCUCCGCUUCGCCUGGGAGUUCUAUCGGCAUGGUCGUCGCGAUGAGUAUCUCAAAUUCACCCAUCGAAGCUUUGCCCAAUCUGGUGCUGGCCGCGCCAAUCCAUACACAUAUGAAGUAAACCUCGGAGGGGUGCGCACAAUCUGGACUGCAGACCCUGAGAAUAUCAAGGCCAUGCUCGGCUCCCAGUUCGAGGAUUACGGGCGCGGCAAGGCCUUCCAAAGCCGGUGGCAUGACCUCUUGGGCACCGGCAUCUUUAACGCGGACGGCAGGGAGUGGCAUGACUCUCGCCACCGUCUCCGCCCACUUUUCAAUCGCCAACGCGUCUCCAAUUUGGAUUCGUUUGAGAGACAGAUUCAAAUCAUGAUCAAUCGGCACCUUGGCGGUGGCCGCACCGUUGAUCUCAAGGAUGUCAUCUCCAGAUUCGCCCUCGACGCCAUCGGUGAUUACGCCAUGGGUUUCCAGGUGAAUGCCCUAGCCGACCGCAAGAAUGACUUUCUCGAUGCGCUGGAGAGGAUCAAAACCAUUCAAAACAUCAAGGAGUGCGCUGGCCCACUAAGCUGGCUGGUUCCAACGCCUGGUUUCAAGCGAGAUCUCAAGGUCCUCGAUGAUUUUAUGGAGCCCCUGAUAGAGCACGCCGCAUCUCUGCCACAAUCGGUGCUCGACGAGAUGGAAAAGACGGACCAUGGGUGGACGUAUGUGAAAGCUUGCGCCUCAGUUUCGCGAGACCGCCACUUUCUCAAAUACGAGCUCAUGUCAGUCAUUUUGGCUGGCCGCGAUACCGUUUCUGGAACACUCGUGUGGACCUUUUUGGAGCUUGUCAAACGUCCAGACCUAAUGGCAGACCUCCGGCGCGAAAUUGAGAACACAGUAGGCAUUGGGCGUGAUGCUCCGCGACCGACUCAUGAUGAUCUCAGAUCGAUGCGACUCGUGAAAAACACCUUGAACGAAACUCUCCGCCUUUACCCCACCGUCUCCCUCAAUCUGCGGACCGCUCUCAGAGAUACCAGCCUGCCCCGCGGGAAUGACCAUGAUGGCAACAAACCAGUGGGUUUGGCGGAAGGGACACCCGUGAUCUUUUCGAGCCAUAUUCUACAACUGAGCCCAGAAACGUACGAGCAAUCCCCGCCUGGGACCAGCCCACCUCACGUUUUUGACCCCUACCGAUGGGAAGAGUGGAAACCCAAACCGUGGACCUAUAUACCGUUUGGCGGAGGGCCGCGGAUAUGUAUUGGCCAAGAGUUCGCGUUGGCUGAGAUGGCUUUUCUCUUGGUCCGCCUGCUCCAAAAUUACUCGAGGCUCGAGAUGCGUUGCGAAAUGCGUGGCAACUCAGACGAGGGGUGGGAAAGGCCUAACGGGAGUGCUAGCAUUGUUGAGCAGUUUAUGAUGGAGAAAGGCAGGGUGCGCAUCUCUGGGGAUGUUACCUUGUCGCCUAGGGACAAGGUACUAAUGGCGUUCCUUCCGUAGCAAAUUACUCGCCAAACUGAGUUUUGGGCUGGGCUGCUGAGCUAGGUCAUGUUUAGGCUAGUAACCUGGAACAGUCAAAGGUGAAAAUGACGUAGCUAGCUGCAC